AAAGCGAAACUUCAGCCUUCAAGGAUACCGCGUUAUCUUUCGAUUUUUCGUCAGUCUUUAACCCCGAUCUACAGAGAGAAAAAGAAAGGGCGGAAGAGAGAAAAAGUCGCCGACCUCCUGCUGCGCUCGACGUUUUGCCUUCGCUUCAUUCAUUACUGGUUUAUCACUCAACUUGCGACAGCAGCUGUUCCUUUUAAAUCUUUGUUCUUAUGGAUAAAGCUUUGGAUAUGUCUUUAGAAGAUAUCAUUAAGAGCAAGAAAAGUGCAGGCAAAGGUAGAGGACAAGGUGGUGCUCCUAGAGGGCGUGGAGCUAAAGGAUCUGUUAGUGGUGGAAAAAUGAGAGGAAUAGGUAGAGGGGCAGGGCGUCGGGCACCUCUUGGAGUAAAUACUCGAGCUUCAUCUUUCUCUAUAGCCAAGUCUUUUCGCAGAACCAAGAACUUCCCAUGGCAACAAGAUUUGUUAGAAGAAAGCCUUGCAGCUGCAGGAAUACCCGCAAUGGAAAACGGUACAAAGUUGAACAUUACAAACUUGGAACGUGGAGUUAGCAAUGAUGAUAUAAGGGAGCUUUUUUCUGAGAUCGGGGAGCUGAAACGUUAUGCUGUUCACUUUGACAAAAAUGGUCAACCCAGUGGAUCGGCAGAAGUCGUCUAUGCAAAAAGAAGUGAUGCAUUUGCUGCCCACAAGCGAUACAAUAAUGUUCAACUUGAUGGAAGGCCAAUGAGGAUUGAAGUUGCAAGCCCUAACUCGGGAGGGCCAGUGUCUGCUCGUGUAAAUGUCUUUGGAGGCUCUAAUGGAAAGGCAUCAAGGAGAGUUGUAAUGACGCAAAGGGGUGGUCGUACAGCUUCAUCAGCUCAGACAAAUCGUAAUGUUGGACAAAGAACAAGAGGUGGCUUCAAGAAUGGCCAAGGACGUGCACCAACACAAGCCCGUGCACAAACACAACCACGAGGCACUGGCCGUGGCCAAUCUCGGGGAAGAGGAAGGGGUCGUGGGAAAAAACUAGACAAAUCUGCUGAGGACCUUGACAAAGAGCUAGAGAACUAUCAUGCUGAAGGGAUGCAGAUUUCCUAGAAACGUGUGUCAUUACUGAAACUGGAGUAUGUUAUUAACUGCAGUCGGCAGAUACUCAGUUGCCUCAGUUUCUGGCUAGCAUUAGAACUUGCUUUUUUGGCUUUUUGCUGCUCGAAGUUUGAUUGUUUAAAACAUAUCUUAUAUAGUGUCUUUUUUAUUUUUUUUAUAAUGCUAAUAGUAUUACAAUGUUCAUUUUUC